ACUACAAGAGCAAAAAGCCUGUUCCGGAUUUCACAGGCUUGACUUUGUGUAUUGAGUGCAAGAAGAUAGCUCAGGUGUCCUUAUUUUAAACAACAGCUCUUCCCUACUGCUCCACAGAUCAUGAUCUCAAGCCUGAAUAAUUUCAUCCAUUCCUUAGAUCCAAGAUCUCUCCCUAGGAUUCUACAAAUUCAGUGUGGUUUUUAUGAUGAAGAUCCAGUGCAUGAAAGACAUGACCACGAAUGCUGCUUGUCAACAGGAGACCUGAUUAAAAUUGUUGGAUUGAAAGUAAAAAAGCUCCUUGCAACAAAUAGUGAAAAUGAUGAUGCCAGCCCAUGCCCAAGUGCAGUUGAAUUGCCAUUAAAUUUUCCAGGUCUCUGCAAGAUUGUAGCUGAUAAAACACCUUAUGCUAAUGUUGAAGCAAUUGUGAGAAGUGCUUUGAUUGCACCAACACAACAACCUUGCUUCUAUUGCUCUAAAGAGUUACAGACCGAAAACUUGACCAUCAAACCAGGCGAGAUGAUCAUAUUCAGCUCUGUGGAAGACAACAAUAAGGUCCUGACUGUACAUUGUGAAGUCAUAAGGGAUUCCCAAAUGCAUGCUUUUCUACUGCCACUUUCACAAGAAGGUGAAUUCUAUGAAUGUGAAGAUAACCGGAUUUAUACCCUGAAUGAAAUUGCUCAAUGGAAAAUCCCCAAGAGCAGAAGCCGGCGUGUGACAUUCACUAACACCUGUGAUACUGGGGAAUCUACCACUUUCCAGCAUGUGGAUUUUAGUGACCUGACACCAAUUUAUGAAGUACAAGCAGUGAUGAAAUUUCAAAAAGAGAUUGUUCACUUCCUUUCUGAUUUAGAUGUUGAAGUUAAAGAUGUAACAGACUGCUACAAUAUUAACAGUUUCCUUCAACCAUUAUUAGUUGAAGAUAUUUUGGAAAGGACAAAUGAUGAAUUUCCUAUUGUUGUUGCAGUGAGUGAAAGUACCAUUGAAAACAAGCAGUCAUAUGAUUUGGUGCACCCUGGCAGAGAAGUAAUAAUUUACAAAAAGAGUCAGGAAAGAAGGAUCUUAGCAUCUGAGUUCAAGGAAGAGUCCUGUAAAAGACACUUUUUAAUUCCUAUCAGCUACAAAGGAAAGUUCAAAAGAAGGUCCCGGAAAUUUCCAACUGCGUAUGAUUUAGAAAUAGCACGGGAUAUGAAGGAAAAGCUUCACGUCUUGGCUACCAAAGCAUUUGUGUCCCUUAAUGAAGAUCUGUGUUCUGUUUCUGUUGGAGAUGAGUUUCUAAUUCCACAGCUGCAGACAAAUGAAACAAGUCACCCACAAAAGAAGAUAGUAGAGGAGGUUUUGGUCUGUGAACAAAUUGUGUUGCUAAAUAAAACCCAGAAAAGUGUACUUCUUCCAAUGUGCAUGGAAGGUGGCUUUGUUGAACUUGUCCAUGAUAAAAGGCAGUAUGAACUUUCAGAACUUUGCAGAGAUUUCUCCCUUCCAUUUAAUGUCAAAGUAUCAAUAAGGGAUCUUUCAGUCCAGGAGGAUAUUUUGGCAGAUAUCCCGUGUAUGCAGCUUGAAGAAGAAAUAAUAGAUUCCUUCCUAUUAAUCAGCACACUGAAUAAUCCCACAGAAAUAUGGGAAAUCCCUAUGCAUCGUUUAAAAAUGUCAUUCCAGCUGUUGAGAAAGCAUAUUGAAGAUACUUUGGUUUUACCAGUAAAGUCUGUUGUGGAGGAGAUUACAGAAGAACAAUAUUGCAUGAUAAGAAAAUAUGAGAAUAGAACCACAACUCCCCCACCCAGACCUCCUAAAACCCACACUUCAGAAGAACUGAAAUCAUCUUUUCUCCCGGUUUCGGCUCAAGGUGUUCAUGUCACACCACAACCUCAGAAGGGUCUCUCUGGAGAUGCCACCAAAAAAGGGCUCUCAGACCAAGACACUCCAUCUUUGGGAUUACAGCUCAAAUGUCAAAGUGAUCUGGAGAAACAGCAGAAUGAGAAGGAUUUAGCUGAAAUACAUACAUUACGAAAAGGCUUAUCAAGGAGCAUGCUUGUGAGGUACGAAGCAGACAAGAAACCAAAGGCUGGAUCUGACUAUGAUGACACAGAUGAAAAUGUGAUUGGAAGUGUUCCUAAAAUAAAAGCAACACAGAAAAUGUAAAAUAAAUAAAUAAAGCAACCCAUUAGUGAAUAGUGACAGAAAAUGUGAGCGCCUUAUAGUUACAGAUAAUUACAGAUAAUACACAAGUUUUUUUUCAGACUUCAGUGAUAUCACUGCAUUUUUAAAUAAAUAAUAAUCCAGACUCCAUGGAGUACAUUGACACAAAUCAUUAUACCCUUGGUUUUAAAGUGCAGGGAUUCUUUCAUACUACACAGUUAAUAGCACAACAUGCCACUUUAACAUCCCAUGGAAUCCUAGGAUUUGCACUUUUGGGAGUUGAAUUUAGAAUUUUCUGACAGAGAUGCCCUUUAGUGUCCCAACAGAAGGAUUCUGUAGGAUGCAGCUAUGGAAGUUAAAGUGGAACCAUAGCAUUUGAAUUGUGUAGUGUGAAUGGGCCCUAGUUAUCUGCAUUUUUUGUCUUCAAGCUUAUGAAAUCCUCUUUAGUUUGACACACAUAGCCCUAAAUUCUGUUUUAGUCUUGAUGACCAAUUGAGUCCCUUGGAUUUAUCAACAUAUUGAAUCAUUAUUUAGCAAUUAAUUGGUCUACUUUAAUUGGAAUUAUACAACCGGAUGCCAGCUAUGGUUUGUGACUGGGCCAUCAUGGAGGCCACAAUGCUGUUGGCUCCAGUGAUGUAGCUAUGGCACCAAAAAGAGGAUGUUUAUUUAUUAGUGUAUUGGAUUUAUACCUAGGCUAACGUGGUGUUCUUUCCAUUUGACUUGACGCAAUAAACAGAACUAUGGUUUACUAUUAUAUAUGAAUGUGUUGUCUAUGUAAAUAUAUAGAUGAAAAAAUUGAAGUGUCAAACCUGUCUGUGAUUCUGAGCACAUACCUUUGGCCUUCCUUUACUCUCUGAACCACUCACUCACCUUUCCCAAAUUCCAGUACUCAAAUUCUAAGCCAUACAGCCACACCCUGUUCAUAACAGAAGCAGAUUGAACUGGCAAUGAAGUUUAUUGCUACUUAUUUAAAUAUUUAUAUCCUGCAUUGUGAGA